UGAAUAAAAAUAAUACUCAUUCUCAAAUAACUUAAUGCUCAUUCUAAAAUAAAAUAAAACACAUACCAUAAAUAACCUUUUUUUUAUUUUUAUGCAAAUAGGAUUUCAUCCCAGCCCCUCCUCCAGCGGUUUUCUUUCGACCCAACCCGCUGUAAGUAACGCCACCGCCACCUUCUCCUUAGAUCUUCCUUCUCCAUGGUUUUCUCUUGAUUUUCACCACCAUUGCUCUCCUUCAUCUUCACUCCUCCAUCGUCUUCCGUCUUCGCUGCUCUUCGUCAUCACCUCCGACACCUUUCGCCUUUCUUCUCCGGUGGCCCGACCCGGCCAAUAGAGGAGCGGCACUAAUUCCGGCGGCUUCAGUUCCAUCUCAUUCCCUUCUUCAAUUAGCCAGUUGUACCUAAAAAUAGGUACAACCGGAUGUACGAUGUAAUUUGCGUCAAACUAACACUUUAAAAUUAGCUAGAGUAAUAUCUAUUUCAGAUUUUAUCUACCCUUUCGCGUCGAGCAGAAGGAGCCGCCGCCGCCGGGUUGACGAGUCGCCACCGCCGUCGAGUUCGCUGCCGGGUCUUGGACCGCAGCGGCGGGCAGGGAACUCAGCCGCGGUAGGAGCUGCGAUCCAGAGAUCAGCCGCCGUCGCGCAGAUAGGAGCGAUCACUACGAGUCGCUGCCGCCGUCCAGUGCAGAACUUCGUCCAGCUGUUAGAUCCCCAUCUGCGUGCAGUAAGCUGCGUCGAGUGGGGAGCGCAGCCGCCGUCCAGAACGCAUCACCGUUGGAUAGGCUGUGCAGAAGGCAGUCCAGCCGCCCAAUUCCAAAGCCAUCGCCGCCGCCGCCGCCCUAAUUGAAUCGAAGAAGAAAUCUAUAAAAAAAGGGGGGGUUGGGCCUUGUCUCUCAGCCCAUUUUUUGGGUUUAUUUGUCCUUUUUUGUGACAGGUGCGGAAGGAUUAAAAAAGAAGUGGGGAAGGAGCAGUGAGCCGAUUAUUUCAGUUGGUCAGUCCACUAUUCUUUUUUUUGGCCGUUUGGCUUGAAUUUGGUGUUAUUCGUGGGCGGUAAUUGGUGGGUGGAUAUUGGGCUAAUUUGUUUUGGCUAAUUUAAUUGGUGUGGUGGGUCUGAUUUUCUGACGAAAUUACCAAAAUCUGAAAUUAGUUGUACCGGGUAUCUCGUCUAGUCGUGUGAUAUGAUAGAAGACGGGAAGUUUCGAAUUGAGAAGUUCGAUGGUAUAGAUUUCAGUUGGUGGAAGAUGCAAAUUGAAGAUUUGCUGGUUCAGAAAGAUUUGGACGUGGUGUUAGGUGACAAGCCAGAAAAGAUAUCGGAUGCAGAUUGGGCAGGUUUGGAUCGGAAAGCUAUGUCCGUGAUCCGUCUCUCGUUGACCAAGAAUGUUGCGUUCAAUAUUCUGAAGGAGAAGACAGCGAAGGGAAUUAUGGAAGCGCUGUCUAACAUGUACGAGAAGCCAUCUGCAGCUAACAAAGUUUUUCUGAUCAGAGAGCUGGUGAACACAAGGAUGAAAGAAGGCACUUCAGUUACCGAGCAUAUCAACAAGUUGAAUUCAAUCUUAGCCAGACUUUUGUCAGUGGGCAUUAAGUUCGAUGAUGAAGUUCAAGCUUUACUACUACUAUUGUCUUUACCAGAUAGUUGGUCCGGAACGGUUAUAGCGGUUACCGGUUCCGUGGGACCCGAUGGAUUCAGCUUUGAUCAAAUUCGAGAUCUCGUUCUUGGCGAGGAUGUCAGAAGAAAGAGUUUAGGGGAGUCAUCUGGUGAAUUGCUUCAUGUUGGUAGAGGCAGAAGAAAUAGCAGAGGCUCUACGAGUGACGAGGAGGUCACUCUGAUUUGCUGUGAGGAAAGCAAUGUAGAUUCUUGGGUCAUGGAUUCUGGUGCUUCAUUUCAUGCUACCCACAAUGGUGAAGCAUUGCAGAAUCUAGUUGUUGGAGACUUAAAAAAGACUUUGAAGGAUGUCAGAGUUGUUCCAGCCUUGAAGAAAAGUUUGAUUUCUGUCAGGCAGUUGGACGAACAGGGACAUGAGGUGAAGUUCAGAGAUGAGCAAUGGAAGGUCAUGAAGGGAAAUCUUGUCAUGGCCCGUGAAAAGAAGAGAGGUUCGCUGUAUAUGGUCAAGUUACCAUCUGAGGGAGUGACCGUCUCAGUUCAAAAGAGAAACAAAGUCCAGUUCACAGAGUCUCGUGGGCAGAAUAAGGUUGUCUAUGCAAGAGAGAAACCUAGAGCCACAGGUCAGACUCGGGAUGAACGAGCGAGGAAAGGUUUAAGGGGGCCAGUCAGAGGAUCCGGCAGUGUGCGUCUGCAGUGGGAGCCAGUAGGGACCGAGGACGAGUCAUUGGCAGAUUUAGCCGUGACUGAUGUGUUGGAGCUUGGGAGAGCUUCAACGGGCCUUUCAGUUGUCUGAUGAUACGGUUGCUCCAACAUGAGAGUUGAGGAAGAUUACUCGAUGUACAUGCAAUCGUGGUGGAUGGCAGUUGAUGAGUAUCAAGCCUCCAAGUGGGAGAAUGUUGGGUUUGUGGAGGCUUGGGCUUGACUUGUAGGCCCGGCCCAUGUUUUGUAAUCCUAGGUUUUUCUCCUAUAUA